AUGAUUCGCCAAAUACGCCCGUCUCUGGUUUGUCGUUGCCGGACAACGACAACACGCCAGUUCUCUUCCCAGUCGCCGCUGUGGCGCGAAGUUCGAGAAGCAUACAUCUUGAGCGCUUCGCGGACACCAACUGCAAAGUUCAACGGCUCGUUUCUCAACGUUUCGGCCCCACAACUCGGUGCUGUUGCCAUCAAGUCGGCGAUCGAGAAGUCGGGCGUGCCCAUCUCCAAGAUUACCGAUGUCUACAUGGGCAACGUAUUGCAAGCCUCCGUGGGCCAGGCACCCGCACGACAGGCAGCCAUACUCGCCGGCCUUCCAACAUCCGUCGAAGCUAUCACGGUGAACAAGGUGUGCGCCUCGGGCCUGAAGGCAGUGUCGCUAGCAGCACAGAAUAUCCAGCUGGGCCUGGCCGAUGCCCAGGUGGCCGGUGGCAUGGAGAAUAUGUCUCGCGUGCCGUAUUACGUGCCACGGGCGAGCGGCUUACCGGCCUUUGGCCACGUGCAGAUGACAGACGGCCUACUCAAGGACGGGCUGACGGACGUCUAUGGCGGCUUUCAUAUGGGCAUCUGCGCAGAGAAGACGGCGAAGAACCACAGCAUCACGCGUGAAGAUCAGGACAGCUACGCGAUCCAGUCAUACGAGCGCGCGCAGGCGGCAUGGAAGGCUGGUGCAUUUGUCGAGGAAAUUGCGCCGGUGACAAUCGUGGACAGGAAGAAGAAGGAGACCAUCCUCGACACAGACGAAGGUUUCCUGGACAUCAACGUGGACAAGCUGCGGUCGCUGAAACCGGCCUUUAUCCGCGACGGCACCGGCACGGUCACGGCAGCCACCUCGUCGACGCUCAACGACGGUGCCUCUGCAAUCGUUCUCGGCAGCGCCGACGUGGCGCGCGAAUAUGCGGCCGGCGGUCGGUCCCGCGUUUUGGCCCGCAUCUGUGCCUCAGCCGACGCGGCCGUUGAUCCGAUCGACUUCCCCAUUGCGCCGUCCAAGGCCGUUCCCCUCGCGCUGGAGCGGGCCGGCAUCACGAAGGACCAGGUGGCCGUCUGGGAAUUCAACGAGGCGUUUGCAGCGGUGAUCAAGGCAAACGAGAAGAUCCUGGGUCUGGAAAACGCCCGCGUGAAUCUGCUGGGCGGUGCGAUCUCCUUGGGGCACGCGCUAGGCAGCUCGGGUUCGCGCAUAUUGGUCACACUGCUGCAUCAGCUCAAGCCAGGCGAGUACGGCGUGGCAGCCAUCUGCAACGGCGGCGGGGCGGCAACGGCCAUGGUGGUCCAGCGCAUAGAGUCUGUAUAG